UUUUCACUCCGGAGACCUUAUACUUCAACUCCAUAUCUCCCUCACAUACACUUCUACUCCCCUUCAUCUACGCGACUCGUUCCCCCUCCUUGACUUCCUCCAGAUGGGCAGCGGGCCCUCGAAAAAGGCCGACGAUGGCCUCAGCGACCACCCCCAAAAAGACAACGCAGCCGCAACUCCUAACCGCUUUAACCCGCUGAAACCCGGGAAAAGAAAAUCCAGCGAACAUGUCAACUCAUCCGUCGCGCUGUCGCCUCAAAACGAAGAGAAACCCCGCCUCUCGAAGCGGACGAAGCUUGCCCAUUCGUUAACGGAGGACAAUCCUAGUACAAAGAAACCACCUACCACCAACGGUGAUAUCUCGUUCCGAAUCCAAUACGAAAACUCAUUCAAGAAACCGACGAGCGAUCCCGAGAUCCAAUCGACCCCGAAUGAGGACACCAAUACCUCGUCUGAACCCCAGGAGAGCCUAGCCGAGCCGAAACCGACGCCAACACCGCUUCUCUGGACUUCCCAGGAUGGGUCCACCCAGCAGGGAGAGAUUCGGAAAGGGAAGCGGAAACGGGAAGGCAAGGGGCAGACAGGGUUCUUUACGCCGAACGAGGUGCAGGCGCUGGAGGACUUCAAGAUCGACUUCUGCAAUACUAAUGGAUUACGCGCGGAUGUCUUUGACGCCAUGGUGCAGCAUUCAGAGAGAGAAAAGGGUGUCGACUUUCCUUGUGAUUCGUCUAUCACUACGAAGCAUGAGUUCUGGAAGACUAUCUACGGGAUCCUGCCCAAUCGAGAACGGAGGUCUGUCUACCGCUUUAUGAGGCGGCAUUUCCAGAGCUCGGAUGUGAAGCCUCACCACUGGACGCACGAGCAGGACGAGGAGCUCAUUCGGCUGGUCGCACAGCAUGGUUUCAAGUUCGCUCUGAUUGCUAAAGAGAUUGGCCGAAAUGACGACGAUGUGGUCCAGAGAUGGAAGAACCGCCUGGAGCAUAGAACUACGAUGAACCGGGGUCCGUGGUCACAAAAGGAGAAUGUCAUGCUGCAGGACGCGUUGCAACUGGCAUGGAAAAAUCUGAAAGAGAAGGGCCAUGACGUGGGCCGUGAUAUCUAUGAAAUCGAUGAAACCAUGAUUUCUUGGGGGCAUAUUAGCAGCAAAAUGGGUCACUGUCGUUCCAGGCAGCAGUGUGCGGAUAAAUGGCGCAAGGCUAGGAAGAAGGUUCAGCACCUGCGAGAGAAUGGAAACCCUGACGCUGUUUUUGACCCGCUCAAAGAAUCAAAGAGAAAGAACAGCAAAGCAAAAUUGAAGACGGCCACUCCCACUCCCACACGGACUUCGGUCGGCCACUACAAAAGCAACGAAUACGUGAUAUCAGACGACGAAGGCGAAGAUAAGGAGGACCACACCACAAACUCAGUCAACGCGUCGCCAGCUAAGAAUAUCUCCGAUGUAUCCAAGUCGACUUCAGAGUCGGUCGAGUCAGCUUCCGUUGCUGAUUCCGAAUCAGCAGAUGAGUCGGCUUCGGAUGAUGAAAACGCCACAAAGGCUAUUGCACCAAAGCAAACAAAAUCGCGACACAAUUCUGCACAAUCCAGCAAGAAGUCGAAGGAUAAGACUAUUGAUCCACAGCCUAAGGCGAAGAGCAGCAAAAGCCCCAAACAGGUUACAGAGAACAAGAAAAAUGACAUUCUAAAGAGCAGUCAGUCAACCACAACAACAUCCGCGUCCGAAUCUGGAGACAGCGACUCAAGCUCCGACUCUGAUUCAAGCUCUGAUUCUGAUACACCCCCAUCUAAACAAAUAGUCACAAACAGUGGAUCAAAGAUAUCACCAUCAGCCAAGAAACCUAGCAUCAUUAAAACUUCGAAAAACAAGGGCAUGAAAAACGAGAGUUCUUUUGAGGACGACUCAAACGAAACAUCUUCCGGUGACGAAGGUAGUGAUGAAAGCGAUAAGAGCGAGAGCGAGGUAACAAGUUCUAGCGACCACGAGAGGACCAAGUCGUUAAAAAAGUCAAACGCCGUCAAGCAAAAGUCUCAGGCGUCCUCAUCUGAGGAAGAGUCUUCAGAAAAUGAAUCCGAGAGUAGCAGUGACGUUUCCGACUCGUCAAGCCCAGAAUCAGAGUCUAAGCCUAGCAAGCCCAUGAGUAACAAAAUGGACAUGCUAAAGCGACGCCGUCAGGCAGAAACCUCUACUUCUACAAUAGACAGUUCCCCGAUGUCGCGGGAUGUGAAGAUGGAAGACGUCAGCGAAUAACGUUAACGCUGCUAGACAGAAGGGGAGAUAGGGGAUGUGCUGACGAGUGAUGAUAAACAUAUUUCGGCUCAGGUUUGGUGUUAGCAUUGAUGGAGACAGGGCCUUGUCGGGCACGAUCAUUAAUCCUGAUGUAGGUAUUGUUGGGUGAUGUUUUAGUCUUUUAAAAGUUGUGGCUUAUUCAUAUACCCCAUCGUCCACAUGUAUAGUUCAGGAGCAAUCA